GAAAUAAAAUAACGUAUAAAAAUAAAGCUUUAUUUGUUAUUAAUACUUAAAAUUAUUUUAAAAAAAUAAUUAAUUUCGGAUGUUUUAAAACAAUUUAAAAAAAAUAAAAAGUAACCAGGAUGUCAAAAAAAGGUCUCGUAACAUUUACGGAGGUGGUAUCAUUGACCGAAUGUUAAUUUUAGAGGUUAAUUUUUGUUAUUCUUGAAGAAUGUAUUUGUUUUGACUCGUUUUUUUACUCAUCACACCGAGCUAAAUCCCCGUUUAUAUCUCAUAUAGAAAUGCACAAAUUAAAAUCAUCUCAAAAAGAAAAAGUGAAGAAAUUUAUAUCGUUCACUCAAACUGGGGAGAAUACGGCAAUCUUCUGUUUGGCUCAAAAUGAUUGGAAGUUGGAUUUGGCUAGCGACAAUUACUUUCAAAAUCCAGAAGCUUAUUAUAAAGAACCGAGAAACGUAGACAGAAAAAAAUUGGAUUCGCUUUACAGUCGAUAUAGAGACCCAGCAGAACCUGAUAAAAUAACAGCAGACGGUAUAAUGAAGUUCCUCGAUGAUCUCGAAUUGACACCCGAGUCAAAAUUAGUCUUGAUUAUCGCGUGGAAAUUCAAAGCGGCCACACAAUGUGAAUUCACAAGGGAAGAAUUUAUGAACGGAAUGAUUGAAAUGGGCUGUGACGGAAUCGAUAAAUUAAAAGGAAGAUUUUCUAGCCUUGAAAAUGAACUUAGGGAUAGUUACAAGUUUAAAGAUUUUUAUCAAUUUACUUUUAAUUAUGCCAAAAAUCCUGGUCAAAAAGGACUUGAUCUUGAUAUGGCUAUAGCUUAUUGGAAUAUUGUACUUAAAGGGAGGUUUAAAUUUCUUGAUCUUUGGUGUACUUUUUUACAGGAACAUCACAAACGAUCAAUACCAAAAGAUACAUGGAACCUUUUAUUAGAUUUUGCCGGUCAAAUAGCAGAUGAUAUGAGUAAUUACGAUGAAGAAGGCGCGUGGCCUGUUUUAAUUGAUGAUUUCGUGGAGUGGGCAAGUACAAGAACCAAGGAGGAGCAGCCUCACAGUACGAGUCAGGACUAGCAUUCACUAGAAACUUUGUUUUCAUCUGAAACAUUAUAAAAAAAAUAGACGCUUUCUAGCUCUUUU